AUGGUGACAGAGCUAGAUGACCGGGCCGUGCCGCCACCGCUCAAACUCGACUGCGAGGCCAUCCUAACUCCAAACUCCAAAUGCACGAGGAUGGGGCAAGCAGUCAGUUCCAUGGGGACGGGUGAGGCGGCCGAGACGGCGUCAAGUGCGGCCUUCCAGGCAGCAGGACUCGAUGGAGUGCGCCCCGAGCCCCUGGCGCGGCCACCGGCCAUGUCAAGUCGGCUGGUUUGCGACACCUUGAUGUUGCCGUCGGCUCUCCCGCCCAGCAAGCCUAUAAAGCGGCAGGGGAUGCUCGACUCGGUCCGGCCAACACCAGAAAAGCGGCCACGGAUAGGGCUGCGAGAAGAAGCGGUCGUUAGGCCCCCGGGAUUCGAUCGAAAUACGGUUCGCAACAAAUUUACAAGUUCGGCAGCCAUCUACCAAGAGAUCCGAUACGAGUAUAAGCAGCUGGAGGACGACCAGAUCCGCUUGGCUGUCCUGAAACCGAACCAGGACCCAGAAGCAGACAUCGAGGUGCAGCUCAGGCAUGUCAACCUGGCACUGCUGGGGGCUCCUGACAGCCCCAACAAGGUCAUUGCCCUCUCGUACAACUGGGGCGAUGGCCAGGCCGAGUAUCCCAUCUACGUCGAAGAGGAGGUGCCACACCGAAUCCCGAACGGCCGGUCUUUUGGCGACUACGUCUACCUCCUACAGAAAUUCACCGAGGGCAAGACGCUCACGGAGCAGAACAUGCGAGAGCUCAACAGCCUGCAGCUGGGCCGGAGGCGGCUGCACGUCAAGCCGUCCCUGUACUACGCGCUGCGGCAGCUGCGGGACAAGAAUGAGGAGCGGGUGUUUUGGAUUGACGCGCUGUGCAUCAACCAGAUGAGCGACGCCGAGAAGCAACGACAGGUCGCGCGAAUGUGGGAGAUCUACUCGAGGGCCGACCACGUGUUGGUGUGGCUCGGCGUCGCCGACGGGGACGGGCGGACGGACCGGGCCAUGCGCUUCAUCCCCACCAUCCUGCUCGAGCACAACAUCCAGGACCGGCUGCUCCAGAGCAAGCACGUGGCCGACUGGGCCGGCCUGCUGUACCUGAUGCGAUCCAGGUGGUUCUCGCGCCGGUGGGUGAUUCAGGAGAUCGCGCUGGCGCGCGACGCCGUGGUGCAGUGCGGGUCGCAGAUGGUACACUGGAUGGACCUCUCGGACGCCAUCGGGUUGUUUUCCAUGAACUUCCAGCAGGUGCGCGACCUGCUCGCCGCCGACGCGCAGCACCGCGGCGAGGCCGCGGGUAUCGACGACAUCUCACCGCUAGGCGCAAAGAUACUCGUGGACGAGCUCGCAAACAUGUUCCACCGCGACGACCGCGGGAGGCUGUACGAGCCGCAGCGCGGGCUCGAGACGCUCGUGUGCGUGCUCUCGACCUUUGAGACGUCGGACCCGCGCGAUACCAUCUUCACGCUCCUCAACCUGGCCCGCGAAACGUGCAGGGCCCACGUCGGCCCGCGCGUGGCGCCGGACCCGGCCAACCCGCCGCCCAGCCUGGGCAUGGGCAUGGCUGUGGGCAACAGCAACCCGCCGCCGAGCCCAAACUACACGCAGGACCUGUUCCACAUAUACGCCUACUUUGUGCGCUGGGUCGUGCGCCGGUCCGGCUCGCUCGACAUCGUGUGCCGCCAGUGGGCCCUGCCCGAGAUCACGAACCGGCCCGGCGUCGAGGGCUACCCGGACCGCCACUGCAGGCUGCCCACCUGGAUCCGCACCGUGCCCGAGUCGUCGUACGGCCGCCAGACCGACGUCUUCAGGGGCCGCCAGAACGGCGACAGUCUCGUCGGGCUGCCCGGCGAGGGCUGCUACGCCGCGUCGCACGGCCUGAGGCCCGACGUCAAGUUCGGCUUCGACCCGGAGGACGGCGGCGGCCACGAGGGGCCCGGCGAGCCUGAUCACCAGCAGCAGCAGAACGGCGGCCCCUCCCCGCGGGCCGCCCCGCUCGACGACCCGAGCCCGAGCCCCGGCCCCGGCGACAUGACGUGGCUGCAGGCGGCGGGCAUCCAGCUGGCCAAGGUGGUGUGGCGCACCGACCCCAUCGCCGACGGCGUCAUCCCGUCGCAGGCGCUGCGACGGCUCGGCUGGAAGGCGACGGACAGCGGCAGCGGCAGCGGCAGUGGCAGUGGCACCAGCUCCGGUGGCGAGGCCGAGGACGGGCCGAUCGACCGGGUGUGGCGCACGCUCAUCGCGGACCGCACGUCCGAGGGCCGCAAGCCGACGACGCUGCUGCGGCGCGCGUGCCUGCGCUGCCUCGUCAACGACACCCCCAACGGCCACAUAAACACCAAGGAGCUGCUGCAGCAGGGCAUCGUGGUCGCAAACAACAACCACCACUAUGGUGGCGGCGGCGGCGGCGGCGGCGGCGGCGGCCACAACAACGCGGGGCUCCGGUCGCCAAUCGCGCCGGCCGCCGCGCACUCGCCGUCUUCGGCGCGCGAUUUGUUGGUGCAGAGCUACCUGCGCCGCGUGCAGGCCGUGACGUGGAACCGCGUCGUGCUCGAGGCCGAGGGGAGGGGCGAGACGGUUUUGUCGGGGAGGCCUUCAUAUUUGGGAAGAUGGAGGGCGAGGCCGUCACCAGGUGGAUGCCAGCCGAGCGAGAGAGGAUAA